CGAGACGAUCCAUUCAACAUUUUGUUUACAUAUUUCGGGUAUCCACGUGUUUUCCUCAUGGCUCUGUCCGAUCAUUCGCUAGUUUUCUAUCUCGGCAUCAAAGACGAGUACGUAAAUGGCAAUCCGACGUCGUGGAAAGUCAACAAGGUUGGGGGCACACCGGACUGGACCAGUACCGCUCUCAAGUCGGCGCCCGACCUCAAGUGUUGUCUGUGCGGAAAACAGCGCCUACUCCUAGUUCAAGUAUACAGUCCGUUGGACAGGACAGAAUGGUACCAUCGGACACUUUACGUCUUCUGCUGUAUUAGCCCAAAUUGCUGGAACAAGCAGGAAAGCUACAAGGUGAUCAGAAGCCAAGAGACCUGCGAUGGAUCCGAAGUCACAAACCUUGCGCAGGCGAAGCAAGCGGUGUCUUCCGAUUGGCUCGAUUCCCAGGACGACUGGGGUUCGGGUCCCGGCUCCACAAGUGCGGAUCCCCAAGCCGAAGAAGGCAAUGACCUAACAAAAUCUCUACAAGGUCUCGUCGUAUCUGCGGCCGACGACAACCUUCGUGACGACGACAUGGAUUUUGCUGAAGUUCAGCCCGAGACGAUUGAGGGGGUUGAUGCUGUCAAGCGCGCUUGCGAGUUGAAGCGUGUCGAGCAAGAGCAGCGUGCCGCUUUGGAAAGCUUGUCGGCAGGCAGCAGUUUUAGGAGUUACUACGUUGGCGUCAUUGAGGAGGAUCGAGAUGCCGAGAAAGACCUUGCAGCCGACAGCCACAUCGAGAAACUGUUGCAGAACUAUGAGCUGGAGGACGGCGGUGCAUCAAAACAAAUUAGUAAGGGUCAAGGAAGCUCAAGCUACGCCCAAGAAACUUACGAAAAAGCAAGCAUCAGUCACGGCGACCAGACAUUUUACAAGUUUCACAAGAGAUUGCAGCGUUGUCCCGAACAACUGAUCAGGUUCUGUUGGGACGGAAAGCCGCUGUUUAUCAGUCAGCCACCGGCAUCCUGGGUCGUCCCAACAUGUGCAAACUGUGGAGCGCGCCGUUGCUUCGAACUGCAGGUCAUGCCGGCACUUAUCCCGACCCUGGAGAUCGAAGGAGCCCAUUUCAAAGGGUGCCCAUUGGAGUUUGGCACGAUCGUCAUCUACUCCUGCAGUGCAAGCUGUUGGAGCGCUCCAAGCACAUGGUUAGAAGAAGUCGCAUUCAUUCAACCGGACCCAGACGUCGCAUUUUGGAACAGAGUGGUAUCCUGAAAGCGUGGAGCGUGUUCUUCUAGUAAACAUUUAUUUGUCAAUAAAUACAUGUAUGUACAGUU